CUUUUUCCAAGCAGAAGCAGAGAUUUGUGGACAGCGAGCUGGAGUGAAGAGAUCAACUAAACCAAAGCAUCACUUCAAGAGCAGAGGCACUUUUAAACUCAAAGCUCACUUACCUUCAACGUUCACCAUGCUAGAGGACCAGAAGACCAAGGUGAAGAUCACCUUCCUGGUUAUCCUGGUGGGCAUCUCGUCCAUGUUGGCGGCAGUGGUGACGGACCAUUGGGCGGUUCUGAGUCCCAGGGUGGAGCAGCUCAACACCACCUGCGAAGCGGCCCACUUUGGACUCUGGAGACUGUGUAAAAAGAGUAUCUUCAUUGUGGAGGAAGACCCUGAGGGCAAAGGCUGUGGCCCUAUCAGCCUGCCAGGAGUCAAGAACUGCUCAUACUUCAAACACUUCACAUCAGGGGAAGAGGCUGAAGUUUUUGAAGUAAAGACUCAGAAAGAGUACAACAUCUCAGCUGCUGCCAUCGCCAUCUUCAGUCUGGCCUUCAUGACGCUGGGCAGUCUCUGCCUCCUGGGGGCUUUUGGGAAGGGUAGAGACUACCUACUGAGACCAGCUGGCAUGUUCUUUGCUUUUGCAGGCCUGUGUAUCGUCAUCUCCGUGGAGGUCAUGAGGCAGUCGGUCAAACGCAUGAUCGACAGCGACGAGACCAUAUGGAUCGAGUACUACUAUUCAUGGUCCUUCGCUUGCGCCUGCGCCGCCUUCACCCUCCUCUUCCUCAGUGGCCUCAGCCUCCUCAUCAUCUCCAUGCCACACAUGCCCAGAAACCCCUGGGAGACCUGCAUGGACGCCGACCCGGAUUCCAUAGACUAGUGUAGCGUGCACCGCCGAGUAAGAGCGCAACGCAACUGACACAGGAGUCAUACUAGCAGUGUGAAUGACAAUGAGAUGCAUUGACGCAUUGCAUUUAUAGAUGAUGAUAGUGAUGCAUUGAUAUUUUUAACUAAGCACUGACACAGUCGUCUAAUUAUUACAAGGAAUAGGUCAUCCAAAAUUUUUAUUUUUUUCAAAAAAAUGCGAAAUUUUUCUUUCUUCGAAAAAUUCGAAAUUUGAAACUUUCUUCGAAAUUUUGCAAAAUCGUGUAAUGAUUUGAAGGUGAGUAAAGUAAAUGAUGACAGAAUUUACAUUUUUGGGUGAACUAUCCCUUUAAGACCCACAUCUAAUGUGAAUUUUGUAUGUUUUAUUGUAUUCAGAAACCAUUUUUAUUUGCAUUCAUGCUUAUGCAAUAGAUGACAGCUUAGAAUGUAUUUAUACGUUUCCAAUCUGUCAUUCCUGAAACGGUGACAUUAAAUGUGCUGAUAGAUGAAUGUAAAAGCAUAUUGGAUCAGCAAUGAUAUCCAGAGAUGUAUGAUCAGUUUCAGGAAAUGCAGAUUGCACUUUAAAGUAAGGUAAUCAAGUACAGGUUCAUAAUUCCCAGGUCAUUUAAGAUGUGAUAUAUUCCUUUAGUAAUGUCACACUUGAACUUCCUGCUCUUGAGUGAGUGAAUCUCAGUGAUCCUCAAGAAAGACUGUUAAACAUUGUAUUUGUUGAUGUUUUUACUAUUGAAACAGGACAUGCUGAAGAUCAUCUUUUUUUAAAAUAGCCAAUAGCUUUUCAAAAUGUGAUUUACUACUUGCUAGUGUUAGAUUGUAUUCAUAAUUAAGAGGGAGAGAUAUUCUCAAUCUCAUUUGAUUGUAUAUGGUCCAUUUUCCAAGAUGACGAGGAUAUCAAAUGUGUAUGUAUCUGCUUUAUGUUAUCAAGGAUUGUACAAAUCCACAAAAUGUUCAUAUAAAUUCAUAUAGGACUA